UCCCAGGAAAGACCUGCUCCAUUAAUCUGGAGGAAAUGUGUAUUUGCAUAGAGGAUGAGAACGAGCUGAAAGACACAAUGACAUCCAUCACAAUCGUGCUCAAGCAUAACAUUAUGGCAGCUGUAAGAGAAGAUAGUGUGACAAAAGGCCUCAGCGGGGUCAGCAGCCACCCUCCAUGAAUCUCACUUUAGCUGAUGCCAAGCCAAUUAGCAGCGUGCACCUCAAAGUGGGUGUCGUUAUAUGAUUAAAGGUUAGAAAUGAGACAAAGAUGAGUGACUGCUCACUGAACUGUCAACAUCACACUUAAACAAAAGGAAAUAUUUGUCCUUGAUGUGCUUUUAAUUUGGAGUGCGAUCAUGGAUCUAUGUCAAUAACAAUGAAAUGAAAAGUGACACACAGAUCACGCAUAACAAGACAGCAAUUGCUGAUGCAGACGUUUGGCUCAUUUAGCACCGCUAGCAUUUAUGUCAUUUCAGCAUAUAGCAUUCAGCAUCACUUCUAACUUCUCUCAUUUUUUACCUCUGAUUCAGGGGAUCAUGCAUAAAGCAAUGGGGAAACCAAAGCAGGGGAGCUUAGCGUGGGUACGAUUUAUACAGUAGUGUUAAUAUAAGAUUAUUAAUUACUAAAAAUGUUGAGUUUGCAAACAAGCACCAGGAACUACUGUGGGCUCGUUUAAUGGCUCAACAGUACAGUUACACUGCCAUCUAGCGGUUAUUAUGGGUAACAGCUUUUUCAUUUAGGUUUCAUUUCGCUUGUGGACGUGUCAACUUAAAUAAAACAAUAAAACUCAGCAUUGAAUGACAGAGGUUUUAUCCUUCAUGGCAGGAAGGAGAAUAAAUAAGGAAAGUGGCUGAAUAAAGGUGGCAGCCAUCAUCAUCAUUAUAGUGUCCAGAUUAUAUUAUCGCCUGGUGUGAUCACUUACUCUUUUUGGGUUUAUCCACUUCUGCAUUUUGAGUGUUUGGGGAAUUGUUUGUCACAGGUGAGUGGGUCACUCGUAUUGUUCCACUCAGAUAAACUUAUGAAACACACCGAGGUUUGGUGCAGCUGCUAAACGUGCACUCAUGUGUUACACUCUAUUUUGAUGGGUCAAAGAGCAGAGCCUGCAGUUUGAAUUUAAUCUGCACAGACUGGUGGAAACCUGUGGAAACUCUGUAGCCGAAAAGCAAGGCUCUGCGUUGGGUAACGAUAAUUACGGCGCCGGAGUGGAAGUGAAACCGGCGCGACUGGUUUCCCCACUUCCGCAUUUCACCGGCGCGUGAGGGGCCCCUGCGCUCACUGCUGGAGUCAUACAAUGCAACGGAGGACGUCCGCAGGCUGAAUCUGCCAUGCGUCCCCCUCGGCUUCUCCCGACGUGGGCCGCCAUCGUGUGCCUUUGCGCGGUGGCGCGCGGCGUCGCCCCGCCCAAGAAGACCUCCUGCCGCGUGCAGGGCGGCAGAGCCGACUGCAGCCACCUGCACCUGAGCGCGGUGCCCGCGGACCUCCCCGGCGGCAUCACCAGCCUGGACCUGUCGCACAACACGCUGACGGCGAUCGGCGCGGCGGCGCUGGGGCGGUACGCGCGGCUCACGCGCCUCGACGUCAGCUUCAACAGCAUCAGCAGGGUGGAGGGCGGCGUGUGCGCGGCGCUGCCCUCUCUGCAGAGUCUGCACGUGCAGCACAACGAGGUGCACCUCCUGCGGAGGGAGGACCUGAGCUCCUGCACCAACCUGACGCUGCUGAACGUGGCCAGUAACCGGCUGAAGCUGCAGGGAGAGCCCUUCUCCGUUCUGCAGAAGCUGAAAUAUCUGGACGUGUCCAAGAACAAACUGGCGUCGGCGAAGCUGGGCUCUGAGCCCCAGCUGCCCGGCCUGGUGACCCUCAGUCUGGGCCACAACGACAUCAGCGCUUUGAAGAAAGACGACUUCUCUUUUCUCAACCAGUCGUCCUUUCUGCGAGUUCUCAACCUGUCGUCGGUGCCUCUGAAAACCCUGGAGCCGGGCUGCUUUCAGCCCAUUGCGCGCCUGCGCAGCGUGAUCCUGGACGGGAGCAACAUGGGCACCGCGGCCAUUUCCAAACUGUGCUCCGAGCUGUCGGACACCUCCGUCGACGCCCUGUCCCUCAGGAAGAUGAAGCUGGUCACGCUCCUGAACACGACCUUCACGGGGCUCCAGAACACACAGCUCUCCUUUCUGGACCUGUCCUUCAACGGACUGGGCAGAAUUGAAGAAGGCUCGUUCGCGUCGCUGUCCAGACUUCAAACCCUAGUUUUGUCUGACAACAACAUCAAGCACCUGACGAAGGGCACGUUUCGGGGCCUGAAAAGCCUGAAAAAGCUCCAGCUGACCAGAGCCCUGGUGAAGAGUCGGACCUCGGCCACGCCGAUCAUCGAUGAUUUCUCUUUCCAGGCUUUACCAAACCUGCAGAGUCUGAUUCUGCAGAACACUGCAGUUCGGGAGAUCACGGAGAACACCUUCACAGGUUUGACGAGUCUUACAGAACUCGACAUGAGCUGGAGCAGCUACACGUCCUUCAAGAACAUCACCGCCAGGACGCUGGUCUCCCUCGCGGGUUCACCUCUCACCAAACUGAAUCUGGCAGGAACGGCGAUAGUGGAGAUUAACGCCGGAAGCUUCUCCGUCCUGAGGAACCUCACCACGCUCGUUCUGGAUAAUAACUAUAUCAAGCAGACGUUGACGGGCAGAGAGUUCGAGGGCCUGGCUCAGGUUCGGGAGAUUCACAUGUCCAACAACCACCAGACGGUCAACCUGAGCUCCGCGGCCUUUGCUCAUGUGCCCAAUCUUAGGAUUCUGACUUUGGGAAAGAGUCUUCGCUCCACGGCCUUGAACCUGGAGUCCUCCCCGUUCAAAGCCCUGUCCGACCUCUCUGUCCUGGAUCUCAGCAACAACAACAUUGCAAACAUCAGAGCCAAUUUGCUGGAGGGCCUCGCGAGCCUGAAGGUGCUGAAGCUUCAGCACAACAACUUGGCCCGCUUGUGGAAGAGCGCCAACCGGGGCGGGCCGGUUCUGUUCCUCGAAGGGGCGCCGAACCUGCUGACGCUGCAGAUGGACAGCAACGGGCUGGAUGAGAUUCCAGCGGAGGCGCUGCGAGGCCUGAGCCGCCUGCGCGAGCUGAGCCUCGCGGAGAACCUGCUGAACAACCUCAAGGACUCCGUCUUCGACGGCCUUGAGUCGCUGCGGAUCUUCAACCUGCAGAAGAACCUGAUCACAGCCGUGCGGCCGCAGGUCUUUGGAACCCCUCUGAGCAACCUCAGUCUGCUUGACAUGGCCAAGAACCCCUUUGACUGCACGUGUGAGAGCAUCCUGUGGUUUGUGAACUGGCUGAACAGCACAAACAUGAGCAGCGUGCCGGCGCUCAGGGACCAGUACAUGUGCAACACGCCGCUGGCUUACUUUAACCGAUCCGUCAUGGAGUUCGACACCCAGUCCUGCAAAGACAUGACUCCAUUUCAGGCCCUUUACAUACUAACCAGCACGGCUGUCAUGACGCUGAUUGUGAGUGCCCUUCUGGUGCGCUUCCAUGGCUGGAGGAUUCAGUUCUACUGGACCAUACUGAUCAACCGCACGCUAGGCUUCGGCGACGCCAAAGGCGCCGAGGGCCGGCAGUUCGAGUACGACGCGUACGUGAUCCAUGCGAGCGAAGACGCCGGCUGGGUGGACCGGAGGCUGCUCCCGCUGGAGGACGCACAGUGCAGGUUCUGCCUGCAGGACCGGGACGCGGUCGUCGGCACGCCGUACCUCCAGUCGGUUCUCGACAACAUGAGGAAGUCACGGAAGAUCCUGUUUGUGGUGACUGAAAGUCUGCUGAGGGACCGCUGGUGCAGACGGUUUAAGGCCCAUCACGCCUAUCACGAGGUCAUCGAAUCCAACAGGGACUCGGUGGUUCUGAUCUUCCUGCAGGAUGUGCACGAUUACAAGUUGUCCUGCUCGCUCCUCCUCAGGAGAGGCAUGCUGCGGCCCUGCUGCAUCCUGGAGUGGCCCGUCCAUAAGGAGAGGGUGCCGGCCUUUCACCAGAAGCUCCUCAAAGCGCUGGGAAUGACCAACCGCUUGCAGGAGUAACUGCUCCACCGUUAAUACUGGUACAUCAUCAAAUCAAAUGCUCUGUUAUUUGUUUGUUUGUGUGUGUUAGAAAUGUACAAAUACAUUUUCUUGCUUGGUUUUGGCUACAAAGACCGAAAAAAAAAUCUAUUUCUGAUUGUUCUUGUUACAGUUUCCUAAAAACCUUUGCUCUGGCAGUGAACCAUUCUAAUAAAGGAUUUUUCAGAUCA